UUGCUUAACUUUUUGAUAACAAAGAUAGUAAUAGUACGAGUCGCAGUAGUAGAUAAGAUAUUAUCAGUGGGUAACAAUGUUCGCAGUUCAUGCUAAAAUACUAUACUGUAGGAUAGGCUACUAUAACACCGUUUGUAUUCCUAGACACGUAGAAAUCCUGCCGCAGGCCUGAGUGAUAGAAACCUAUUUACUUCCACAGAUAAACCUCAGCCUUCUUAAAAUCUUCUUAAAUCAAUAUAAACAAAUUCUUUUUACGAAAUUGAAAGCUCUGUCAAAAUCGUUCCACUGAAACGUCACUAUAUCCGAUAGAAAAGGCAUCGGUGAUGUAAAAUUUUGUUAAACGUUUACCCUGUAUACAUUGUUAAGUUUUUUUGUGCGUGUAUCCCCAGCGAAGGGAUCAGCUGUUGUCCGCGCAUGCAUCUGGCGACGCCGGCGAGGGGAGCGACGCCAUUACUCGCGUCACGCGGCGCAUGUCCUUCGCGCAUUCACAAAGCGUUGUCGGUGAUCGGUGGACGCGUUCGUCCCCACGGGUAGUGCGACUCUUACUAACGUUGUUUACCGUCGGCCGCGGCCGGACAUACCGCGACGUGUCCCACUGGGCCGGGCGCCAGCAUGGACGCGAUCUUGGCGGCGCUCGUCGCUCUGAUGGCACUGGCGGCAGCGAUGGCCGCCGUGCUGAGCACCCUCUCCAAAGCUGCGAUUUUCGCUCUCCUAGCGGUCGCACCCUGCCUCUACCGCUACAGGAAACGCAUUUACGUCAUUAUCAAAACUUUACCUCGGGAUUUGAAAUUCCUAUGGCGGUACGCGAACGGCAUCAUCAGGUCGAAGCGCUGGGGCCGGCAGAACGCCACAGUGGCGGAACUGUUCACACAGAGGGCGCUUCGGUGUCCCGAUGCACCUUGCUUCAUUGUGGUCGAUGACCGCACAUGGACGUUUAAACAGAUGGCGGACAAGUCUAACCAAGUGGCCCGCGUUAUGCAAGAGCACGUGGGGUUGAAACGCGGCGAUGUGGUGUGUGUGUUCAUGCCGAACUGCGGAGAGUACGUGUGGACGUGGCUCGGCAUGGCGAAGGUGGGCGCGGUGUCGGCGCUCAUCAACAGCAACCUGCGCCACAAGCCGUUACUGCACUGCAUACAAGUCGCCAAAGCGAAGGCCAUUAUAUUCUCCAACACUCUCGCAGGAGCGAUAGACGAAGUCCGUGACCAGCUGCCGGCGGAACUGAAACUGUUCCAACUGUAUGGAGAGUGUGGGGCCGGUGUGAUUGACUUCGGUGCUGAGAUGGAGAAGCACCCGCCGGAGUACCCGGUGGUUGUCGACAAGCCUCAGUACAAGGACACGCUGCUGUACAUCUACACGUCGGGCACCACCGGCAUGCCUAAAGCAGCUGUAUUGCCCAAUUCUAAAUAUCUGCUGGUGGUGGUGGCAACAGUGCACAUGCUGGGGCUGCGAAGCUCCGACCGACUGUACAACCCGCUGCCGCUGUACCACACGGCGGGCGGGCUGGUCGGCACCGGCGCCGCGCUCGUUGACGGCAUACCCUCCGUACUGCGCGCCAAGUUCUCCGGCUCCAACUACUGGACUGACUGCAUCAAGUAUCAGUGCACGGUGGCGCAGUAUAUAGGCGAGAUGUGCCGCUACCUGCUGGCGCAGCCGCCGCGGCCCACGGACGCGCAGCACCGCGUGCGCAUCAUGGUCGGCAACGGCAUGCGCCCCGCUAUAUGGCAACAGAUGGUCGAUAGGUUCAAAGUGCCACAGAUAAACGAAAUCUACGGCGCUACGGAGGGCAACGCUAAUAUCAUAAACGUGGACAACAAGGUGGGUGCGGUGGGCUUCCUGCCGCAGCUGGUGCCGGCCUGCCUGCACCCCAUCGCGCUGGUGCGCACGGACGACCAGGGACAGCUGCUGCGGGACGCUGAAGGAUACUGCAUUCGCUGCCAGCCCAACGAGCCGGGCAUGUUCAUAGGCCUGAUCGCGCAGGGCAACGCCUCCAGAGAGUACUAUGGAUAUGUGGACAAGAGUGACAGCAACAAGAAGUUGGUGCGCGACGUGUUCUGUGAGGGAGACGCGGCCUUCGUGAGCGGAGACAUCCUGGUGGCGGACGAGCUCGGCUACCUGUACUUCCGCGACCGCACGGGGGACACGUACAAGUGGAAGGGGGAGAAUGUCGCCACCGCUGAGGUGGAGGACGCGCUCAUCGCCGCACUCUCGCGUCGCGACUGCGUCGUCUACGGUGUCUCGAUCCCUCAGACGGAAGGUCGCGCGGGCAUGGCGGCCAUCGCGGACCCCGAGCGCUCGCUGGAUCUCGGCAAGCUGGCGCGAGAUCUAGACCUCUCGCUGCCCUCGUACGCGCGCCCGCUCUUCCUGCGCAUCAUGAACGACAUUGAGAUCACGGGCACCUUCAAACUAAAAAAGCUGCAAUACCAAAAGGAGGGUUUCGAUCCGGACGUAAUAAAGGACCCGUUGUACUUCCGCGCGGGCGCAGACUUCGUGCCCAUCACCUCGGAGCUGUUCAAUGACAUUUGCAACGGCAGAGUGAAGCUGUAAGCUGGCGCGGCCGCCGCGUGCCGCCGCGCGCCAUCUAGUGACGUGUCCUGCGAACUAAUGUGCGGUGACGACGUCAUUUAUUGUUACAAUCGAAUAUAGUACACAAUAAUUUUAUUCUCACUCUUGUGUUUAGUAAAUCAUUGGGACGUUUAAACCAAAUAAAUGUGAUGUUAACCAUAAUGUAUUUAUUAUCAUUUAAAUAUGGUCCAAGACCAUAAAAAUGGAUGAGUAAUAGUGAUAAAUAUUGAUGGUUAUAGUUAGAAAAGGUUACGAGAAAUUGCAAAAGAUAAAUUGGACAGAUAUUCGAUCGGAUUUUGGGUGGUUGAGGCGUUUUUUCAAGACAAUACAAUUUUAAGGUUACUUUUUGUGUAUUUUGACUUCAUCGCCAGCAUAUUUAGAGGCACACUACGCUAACUCUUAUUCAAUAUUUACAAACAAGUUCAAUUGCUAGAAGUAUACAAUCUUUUAGAUUCGAUUGUCCUUACGCAAUAAAAAGAUUUUUAUAAUUCAUAGGUCUUAGAAAAAAAAAUAUAGUCUACGUUCUGAUGCUCCCUUAAUUUUUAUUCAGUCGUUUAUAUUAUAAAUUAUCACAGUACUUAAAGUUUGCCAAUUUUAUAUUCUCAUAGUUUGAUUUAGAUGUGCCCUUUUUUGACAAAAUCGUAGUAAAACAUUCCGCAUUCUAGUCUCAUAAGCUAUUCGUUAUAAGGUUCCUACCGGGUUAUUUUGUUAGCGUUAUUCCAAUUUCUUUUUUAAUCCUUAUGGUGACGUAGAUAGCGAAUUCUUGUCUUUUGUGCCUUGUGACAAGGACGGCAUUGUAGAUUUGCGUAUUUUAUGCUCCUAAAUUACAUUGUAAGUUGUAAAUAAAUACAUUAAAAUUCAAAA